GAACGAAGGCAGGCAUGACGACAGAUGGCCCGUACAGUCUGAGGGAUUAUAUAUUAACACCAAGCAGCUCAGAUUCUCUUGCACACACAAACAUAGGUGUAUACACCCACUCACGUAGGCAAGUGGAUACCAUUUACAGCGUCAACACACAGGCCAGAAGAAUGAUGCCAGGGACGCAAGUGGAGUGUCUCCACACAGCAAAUACACAGUAGUAUCAGGACAACAGGGAGGAAUUUAACACAUGGACGGGGAGACGGAGGGCAGCUUUUCUCCAGUCACCAUGGAGGUCUGGAGCUCCUCGGCAUCUGAGGAGGAGGAAGACGAGAAGAGCACUUUGACUUUUGAGGAGGAAGUUGUGGAGAACGGAUUCCGUAACAGCAAUAUGAAUAACAAUAAUAAUAACAACAACAACAAGGAGAACCUUUGCAGGGAGGUGACCCAAGUGUUGUGCUCAGACAGAGUGGGCCAGGUCACCAAGACGUAUCAUGACAUUAAGGCUGUCACCCACCUGCUGGAGGAGAAAGAACGUGACCUGGAGUUAGCGGCGCGGAUUGGUCAGUCCCUCCUGAAGCAGAACCAAGAACUAACAGCGCGAAAUGAAAUGCUGGAUGAACAGCUUGUAAUCGCAAAGGAGGAGAUUGCCCAACUGCGUCAUGAACUUUCUAUGAGAGACGACCUUCUUCAGUUCUACGCAAGCACUGAAGAGAUUGAGAACGCUGAAGCGCACUCGCCAAUGAAAAGGAAUGAAUCAUGCAGCUCUCUCAGCAACUUCGUCCAUUAUGACUUCCUGCAGAAGAAACUGAAAGGUUUAGAGGAGGAGAACCGCAAACUGCGAUUAGAGGCCAGUGAACUCACCUCUGAGACGACAGACUAUGAGGAGCAGGAGCAGGAACUGAUGAUGGUGUGUGUGGAGGAACUGUCGUCAGUGAAUAAGCAGGUUGUCGACCUGUCAGAGGAGCUAGCACGGAAAGUAGAGGACUCCCUCCGACAGCAGGAGGAGAUCAGCUCGCUGCUCGCUCAGAUAGUCGACCUGCAGGCUCGCUGCAAAGGGCUGACCCAUGAGAACGAGGAGCUGAACCAGCACCUGAGUGCCUCCCGUGAGGGCCACAUUAAACUUAAAUCUGAGCUCAAGGACCUGCAGGACAAGUACUCUCAGUGUGAAGACAUGCUCUGUGAGGCCAGGGAGGACAUUAAAAACCUGCGGAAUAAGAGUCUGCCUAACAGCACGGUGCAGCGCUACACGGCACUGGCCUCAGUCCUGCCCAUGGACUCUCUGGCAGCAGAGAUAGAAGGCACCUUUCGUAAGGGUUUGGACACCCCAGCUCCCUCGGAGUACAAGAACCAUCCAUGGCGUGUGUUUGAGACUGUGAAGGUGGUCAACAAAACUGGGAGAAUGCGUUCUCGGUGCCACUCCCCCGGGCUGCCGGGGUCUAGUCCCGGGUCCAUUCGCUCCAGUUGUACUAGCACCCCUCGUACCAGCUACUAUGGCUCUGACAAUGCCAGCCUUACCCUGGAGUACAAACCCAGCCCCAGUCACACCCAGAAAGAAGACAACAGGUGUGGCAGUGUUAGUGGGCCAAAGCGUCUGGGCCAGCCAGGCACACCAGGAGGCCAGGACCUGGAGGCCGCCCUGCGUAGUUUGUCAGCCCGCCAGCAGAACCACUCAUCUGAGCGGCCUUUCUUUGAUGUGGAGCGUGAGCGUAAACUCCGUGCCUUGGCAGGAAACUGCGAGGAGGGCGAGAACUCCAGUGGUUUCCUGACACCAAAUGACAGCCUGGCCUCCAGCCCCGCAGCCUCGAGCGGCACCAACUACUCCAAUGGCAGCUCAAGGCAGUCAUGUGGCUCCUCAGGAGGGUCCAGGUCAUACUUGCCUGACCGCCUGCAGAUUGUCAAACCCCUGGAAGGUUCAGUAACUCUGCACCACUGGCAGCAGCUGGCCAAACCAAACCUGGGGGGCAUCCUGCACCCACGUCCUGGAGUCCUGACUAAAGACUUCAGGGAGCUGGAGGUGGACAUUCAACACGUCUACAGCCUGAACGACCUGGAGGAGGAUGAACCCGACCUGUCGCAGUUCACUGGAGCACACAGCAUGGUCUCUCCAUCUGGCCCUAACCUCCCUCAGACCUCUCCCACACAUACCAUUACCACCUGCCAAGUCCUCCAACCCUCCCUCCUCAUCCCCUCCUUCUCCACUAGCCUUCACGCUUUCGGCCUGCCAGUUUGUCGGAACUGUGAGCAUGUGAACACUUCAACUCCAUCCCACCAGCAGCACUUUGGCCCGGGAGGCUGGGCCACCACCGCCACUGUCACCGCCGCCACCGCUACCACCGCCACCACGUACACAACCACCUCAUCAUUGGGACUCGUACAGCUGCUGCAUGAACGCGGCAUCUCAGCCUCCCCCUAUCCCCACACCCUGCACCGCCCCCACAGUAAACCUCUGAAACCUCCAAUCCCCACAGCACAGAAAGGCGGAGGCACAUCGAUGGUCGAAGACAGACAAAGGAACGUUUUUAGCUUCAACUUGGUGGAGAAGCUGCAGAGUCUCGGGCUGCACAAAGUGGCAGCCUGGGGGAUGAGUGGCCACGGACAGACACCGAACCGGACGUCAGCCCAGAGUUUGAUAUGAGCCGACCCGUCAUUUACUCCUCCUCUUCCUCCUCAUCAUUCACCAUAGUGACUUUGAAUCAAGCCAUGCGAUUCCAAAUUGUGCAGUUUCGGGGCCCUUCCUGCACCAGUAUCUUGAAAACAAAAGCCAGAGAACGUGCUCGAGCCAUAUACUUGGGUUUUCUUAAGUGUCAUAGUAUCUGAUAGUGUUUGAUUCUACAAACUGUAAUCCUCAUGACGAUGUGCUUUUGACAUCUUCAUCUCAGGACAAUCCUCCAAUCACCUCACUAUUCAGCCUGUGUGACCGUUCUUAUUUUUACACAAAAAAGAAACCACAUAAAGGAACAAAAAAUGUUUUCUACUGUGUUUUGUGGUUGUUAUUUAACAUAUUUUCCCCUGUCACUACUUUAAAAACUAACCUUAUCACCUGUCAUUUUAUUUAAUUGUAUAUAACAAGAUGUCAUUUGGGAAAGUAAAAAAAAUAUAUAUGUGCAGUAAGUUAUUGUUAUAUAACAAACCCAAGCAAUGCUGUCACUGAAAAACAUUGAAAUGCACUAAAUUACACUUUGGUCUUCCUGCUUAUCGGCUGCUGUUCUGAAAGCAUUGUGUACAUACAGUGAGUAUUUAAGAAGCACUGAGAUGACCCAAACUGGGACAGAUGAUACACUGACUGAACUGAAUAAUGUUAAUAAUCAUCCUGAGCUGUCUAACCCACCGUUUAUCACCUGUGACCUGUUGUAUCAUGCUUGUAUUUGAAAAUGUCUGACUUAAUUCUCAGCCAGACCUCACCAAAAAACAGAUCAGGUUUGUUAUGCUGCAUCAAAGACAGAGAAUGGGAUUUUUUUUGUGAAUAUAAUAUGUGUAUUUACAAGGCGGCUUCAAAUCUGCUGUAUUUUUUGUCGUCAGGGAUUUCCAAACUGCUGGGAUAUAAAUGAAGAAAAAAAAUCAUGAUGGGCAUUUAAAAGUCACAAAUAUAAGAAGAUUCCUUAUUUAAAGAAGUAGAGGAAAGGAAUCAUUGUAAUUGUUAUUUAAGCAGCAUGUUUCUAUGGAGUGUCUCUGUACAAUCAGCUGUAGCAAAAAGGCAUAGGAUACUGUCGAUUAAAAAGGGAAGAAAUCAUAAACAUAUGGUUAUGAUCAUGUAACACUUUAAUCAACCAAACCACUGUUUUUCUGCACUACUCUGUUCUGUGUUAGCAUCACAGCUGUAUAUGUAGGUCUGUGUGUAAAGUGUACCAUCUGUGAAUAAAACUUUGCAUUUCCAUU